GGGAUCCCGACAAGCUAUGGUCCAGAGGGUCCUUGAACAGCAAACUGCUAUUGGACAUGUUCUCUCUGCUGACCGGAAGGCUAGACACCUGACACCAACCUGGCAGGAUAUCGAAGUCCUUGAAGUGAUCAACAAGACACUCACCCCACUGGCAGACUUUACUGAUGCUCUGUCAGGAGAGCAGUAUGUUACUAUCUCCUCAGUCAAGCCGGUCCUCCACCUUUUUGAGACAAUGAUGGCAGUGCAGGAAGAUGAUACAGGUCUUGCACGAUCAAUUAAGUCGAAAAUCCUGCAUUACCUUAAAGAAAAGUAUAGUGAUCCACACACUCAGGAGCUGCUCGACAUAGCCACAGUAUUGGAUCCACGUUUUAAACUGAACUAUGUCAGCGAGGACAACAAAGUCAGUGUCAAGGACAGACUGAAGAAUGAGAUGACUAGCAUUGGUAUGCAAAGUCCCCCCACAACUGACCCCAGCGCCCAGCCUUCGCUGCCCCCCGUAGAAAAGAAGAGAAAGACCUUAGGUUGUUUUUUAAAAGCAGCAAAGGGCAAUGAGGCAGCAGCACCAUCUGAUGCUUCUCAAGAGAAUGAUGUUGACAUGGAGCUAGGCUCAUAUCUGCUCACAAGAAACAUUGACAGCGAAGAUGACCCCAUAAUCUGGUGGAAAGAACACAAGGGACAAUAUCCAAAACUGUCUGUGCUGGCAAGGAAAUAACUCUGUAUCACUGCUACAAGUUCCCCAUCAGAAAGGGUUUUCAGCACAGGGGGGAACAUUGUAACAUGCCAGCGUUCCUCCCUGAAACCUCACAAUGUUGAUAGGUUAGUGUU